CGUGGCGAACGACUUCCACCACAACAUGUUUACAGCUCAAUGUCGAGUGAUUCUGGUAUUCUCAAAACAAUAGACUAUCGUUCGUGCGUUCGUUAAAUAUUGGUUUCGCAUCCUAUUGAUUUUACUAUCGCUUAACUGUUGUUUGGAAGAUGCAAGUUUCGUAGAUCAUGCAAUAAGUGCAUUUGUAUACGUACCAGUGGCGUUCUAAACAUGUCUCCCCCAUACCGAGAACGUCAACACAUUCCGUGUUAGAUAACAACACAGCGCCAGUCAAAACAACAGAAUGAACGUUCUCGGCAGAAAUAUUGCCCGAAAUCUUUUAAGAUACAACAGAUGCGGCCUAAUACAGUCGGUCGCCGGCCGAAACUUUAGUGCAAGUGCGCUCGAUGCCAAGGAAGUGGAAAAGCUGGUGAAAAACAAUAAGGUGGUCGUGUUCAUGAAAGGAAACCCCGACGCUCCGCGAUGUGGGUUUAGCAAUGCGGUUGUACAAGUCCUUCGCAUGCAUUCGGUAAAUUACGACAGUCACGAUGUCCUGCAGAGUGAAGAACUGCGGCAAGGCAUAAAGGACUUUUCGAGCUGGCCCACAAUACCGCAAGUUUUCAUCAACGGAGAGUUUGUCGGAGGAUGCGACAUUCUGCUACAGAUGCACCAAAACGGAGAGCUAAUCGAGGAACUGAAAAAGGCCGGCAUUGAGAGUGCGUUGGUCAAAGAGGCGGAAAAGUAGAGACUGAUUGAUAGUUGAAUGACGACGACGAACGCGGUUACCGAUAAGCAAUAAAAGGACCGUUGGUAAUUAAGCACCAUUCGCACUUUGUUACUCUGGCUCCCAUUCACGCGCCCUUCCGGUGGCUCUAGCAAAAGCAGUGCGGAACGGAUUCAAAUAAUUAUGCCUUUAAACGCUAAAAGCGCCAUAAUCUACUCAGAUAGAGAUAUCAAAUAGGUUUGUUACUGUAGUCCCAAAUUGCAUUAAAUAGAAAUAAAUCUAACAAAUAUCCGCAAGAAGAGCAAUUUUCCUACACGUGCUUCAUCGGGAGG